AAAAGAAAAAAUAAUUUCUCCAACUGUCUAGAUACAUCUCUUCUCCGAUCAAAAUUUCCGCUUCUCGGAACCACAGCAUGAAUCUUCCUCCCUCAUCGUGUUUCCUGCAUCCUCUUCGAUGGCCACCCUGUUUCUCACGUCCUCUUCUAUCUGGAAUUUCCGCAAAACCCCUACUUCAUUGGCCUCUUCUCUAUCUAAACAUCCAUUUGGCCAAAAGACUCACCUGUCCUCUUUAUUUCUCAAACCCAAUUCAGGAAAACGGCUGAAGUUCUCUAUCAAAGAAGAACAAGAGAACGAGCCCCCUUCGCCCUCCUCUUCUGUUGCUAUAGUUCCAGAGAAACCUAGCAGCGAUGGAACCGACAAGAGUGAGUCUUCUGUCCAGGGGCAAUUGAGUGAAGGAGAGGAACUGGGUUCUGAAGAGAUAACCAAGCAGCAGGAGUUGGAUUGGAAGACAGACGAAGAUUUCAAGAAGUUCAUGGGAAACCCUUCGAUCGAAGCCGCAAUAAAACUAGAGAAGAAGAGAGCUGAUCGGAAGCUCAAGGAGCUUGAUAGAGAAACCAGUACGAACCCAAUUGUGGGAUUCUUUAACAGAGUAGCCCGUGAUAGUUUGACCAAAGAGAAAGAGAGGUUGGAGAAAGCAGAGGAAUCUUUCAAAGCGCUCGAUCUUAACAAGUUAAAGAGCUGUUUCGGGUAUGAUACAUUCUUUGCCACUGAUGUUCGGAGAUUUGGUGAUGGCGGGAUUUUUAUUGGGAAUUUGAGGAGACCCAUUGAAGAAGUCGUACCCAAAUUGGAGAAAAAGCUUUCUGAUGCUUCUGGCAGGGAAGUCGUUCUAUGGUUGAUAGAGGAGAAAAAGGAUGACAUAACAAAGCAGGUUUGUGUGGUGCAGCCAAAAACAGAAAUAGAUCUCCAAUUUGAGUCUACCAAGCUGAGCACUCCCUGGGGUUAUGUCAGUGCAGUAGUCUUAUGUGUUGCAACUUUUGGGACAAUAGCUUUGAUGAGUGGCUUCUUCCUCAAGCCUGAUGCCACAAUUGAUGACUACCUGGCUGAUGUAGUGCCUCUAUUUUCUGGCUUCCUUUCCAUUUUGGGAGUUUCUGAGAUUGUAACAAGAGUAACAGCAGCUCGCUAUGGUGUCAAGCUUAGUCCAUCUUUUCUCAUUCCAUCUAACUGGACAGGAUGCUUAGGGGUGAUAAAUAACUAUGAAUCCCUACUGCUUAAUAAGAAAGCUCUUUUUGAUAUUCCUGUUGCACGCACAGGUAGUGCAUAUUUGAUGUCACUAGCACUUGCAGUUGCAGCUUUUGUGGUUGAUGGAAGCUUUAAUGGAGGUGACAAUGCUCUGUAUAUAAGGCCACAGUUCUUCUACAAUAACCCUUUGCUUUCUUUCAUCCAAUUUGUAAUUGGACCUUAUGCGGAUGAUCUUGGGAAUGUUUUUCCGUAUGCAGUAGAAGGGGUUGGUGUCCCUGUUGACCCUCUUGCUUUUGCUGGACUUCUAGGAAUUGUGGUGACGUCUUUGAACCUAUUGCCUUGUGGGAGACUUGAAGGAGGUCGCAUUGCUCAAGCUUUGUUUGGAAGGAACAUUACGACUCUUCUGUCUUUUGGGACAUCACUUCUGCUUGGAAUUGGUGGACUCGGUGGAAGUGUACUCUGCUUGGCGUGGGGCUUGUUUGCAACCUUCUUCCGAGGCGGAGAAGAGAUACCUGCCAAGGAUGAGAUCACUCCCCUGGGAGACGAGAGGUACGCGUGGGGAUUUGUCCUAGCCAUCAUCUGUUUUCUUACUCUUUUCCCCAAUGGUGGAGGCACCUUCUCCAUUUCAUUCCUUAACCCACCAUUUUUCAGGGGGGGAUUUGUAAAUCUGUAUUUGCCUUGUACCUUGUAUACUAUUGAAUUGUAGGAGUAAAAGUUAUAGCUGUUCUACUUCUUCCUAAA